UAUGUAUCUAUAUGAUGUUUACCAACCAGUUUUGCAAAUCUAGAAUCAAUUAAAUCAUCAAUAGUACUCCAACCAACCUGUAUAUAGCAACCACUGUUUUGUUCUCUUACUGUUUUUGUUCAUCUCUUACCUUAUUUAGUUUCUUUUAUUUCUAUCUAGGAAUAUCUAUCUCUCCAUAUAGGCUCUAUCUUAUUAGCUUAUCUCUCUCUCUCUCAAUCUCACUGUAUCAAUCAGUCAAGAAUUAUUAAGCAAACAUUAGUGUGACUGAUCAUAAUAUAUAGCAUCUGUGUGUAGCCUGCGUCAAGAAAGUUGAUAGUCGAUCAAGAUGAAGUUACUAGGGUGGAUGCACCGAAAGUUUCGGCAGAACAGUGGUGAACCAUUUGCUAUUAUUAACGGUCUGGGGCACUCUUGUACUUGCUUAUCAAAGCAGACAUCAUUCGACGAGCAACUACAAGAACAGCAACAGUUCUACCAUCCCAAUGCAAACACCUACAGCAGUAAACCUUCUUCCAGACAUAAUCAUCCACAGAAAGAAAAUCUCCUGCAGAAAUCGUUUGUUGGCAUGGAUUCUGCUAUAAUUGAAGAAAACGUAGAGUACUUCACUUACGAUGGACAUGAUUCCUCUUCAGCAGCUAUUGCCAUCUCUGGAUUUUUCGAUGGGCUACUCAACAUAGGAACACUGGGUUUGGGCCAACACCAACUUGAUAGUGAACCUGAAACACCAACCUUUGCUGUUGAGAAUGUCAAUGAAAAAGAAACUGAAUUAACUGAAAAUGACUUGAAGCUCAUUAAUGAGGAGUUAGAGAAAGUGUUGAAUGCUGAUGCCAAGAGAGAAGACGAUAGAUUCUACUGCAAAGACUCACCAUCAGCAAAGACUGACAAUGACAGUACCAUAACACUAGGUGGGAGUACUGAUCAGGCCGUGAAUAGAAAUGAUGGUGGCAAACAAACUCCGCUUCAAGGGUAUCUUUUUGGGUCUCCCGUCGACUUACCUGCUGAAACCACAAUUGGAUCAAGGAAAGAGCACCGUCCUUCCUUAGGAGAGUUGUUUCAGAUAAAUAAACUAGGAGAGGUAAAAAAGAAUGACAACUGCAAGGAAGAUUAUCAUAAGAGACACACUGCAGGGGAAAAUUAUAAGUCAAUAAAGAAGUUUCUUAAAUGGCGGUCUCUCAAAAGCUCUACUCCUACUGCUGCUUCAGUUUCAGCCGAAAACAAAUUGCAAAAGAUGUUCAGCAGAAAAGUUCAUCCAGAGAGCUCUGCAGCUACACAAAGAUCUCAAAAGACCCACAAGAAUGAGACCAAGAACAACACUAGUAAAGCUCCUAGCUACAGCAGUAACUAUUAUCAAGGCAACAAUGCAGCUCGUGUAGUGACAAAUGAAGACAUAAUGUUAUUUCCUACACAGAGUCAUCAGACUCAAAGAGAAGGAACCAUUACAAGGGACCAUAUUCUAAGUCAUGAUAACCACUCAAACUCUCCCCCCUUCGAGGUCAAUCGCAGUGGUUCAAGUGGGAAUAGAGAAUACUGGAUCAAAACAGAUGCUGACUAUCUGGUGCUGGAGCUGUGAAAAGUAUUAAACUGGCAAAGGUUUGUUCAAGUUUGUCGUGCUUUUGUAAGAUGAUGAAAAGUAGUAGUUUUUAUGUGUUUGCUAAGAUCACAUCACUGUGAUGGCUUAGAUUUAUUCUAUCAGGUAUGAGAGAGUGUUAGGCAAUAAACAGGAAAUUUCUAUUAAAGUUUCCUCUGGUUGUAAUGCUGAACUAUGUAUGUUGAAACUGUGUGCUCCUAUAUACAAUAAGUACCGUGUGGCUAUGGCUACAUACCGUUCAAUCUACUAGUUGAAAUGGGCUACCAAACCCACUGUUGGUGC